AUCGUUCUGAGCCUCUUCUCAUACGUGUUAGAUAAGUAGUUGUUCAAGCACAUACGACAUAAUCUCGCGUCUGGCAAAAGUUUCAGUCGGGUCCUAGGGUGUGAGCAAGAUGCUGCUCUUGUGGAUUCUCCUCGCUGUCUCGUUGUCCAAAGGGGAAGAGCAGCCUCCAUCCUUUCCUUCUGACUUUAAGGUGGAUGUCCUAGUAGACACAUGGUGGGAGAGAGGACUCAAGUUGUACACCAUCGCAUACACUGCCAAAGGCAAUGGAAGGGGAAAUUUGCUGUACGUUUCGGAGACGUCGCAUAACAAGGAAUACAUCAAAAUGAUCGACUUCGGGAAGGACACGAUCAUUCUGGCUAACACUCUAGACGAGUCAUGCAACUAUGCGAAGGGCAUCCCAGAAGUUGAGAAGACCAACAUUUUCUUUCCCGUGGAUUUCGAAAGACGCGGACACCAAGUGCAAUUUCUCACGCCAGAUAAGCUGUUCCGGUUCGAUGGAAAGAAGACCCCUGAAUCAAGUAUUGCGGCAGGCCUGUCACGGUGGAGUUCAACAACUGUUCUGCAUGACUCUCCCAGUGGAAAAGACGUGCAAUGCAACAUAUCAUUCGCCUGGACAACAAACGGAACCAAAACUCCUCGAUGCGAUCGAAAUGCCGAGAAUGUUAACGCCUGUCCUCCGAUUCCUGUUGUAUCCCAAUUACUAUGUGACAAAGAAACGGCCACCUACACGUUCUCCAGUUAUACUGAGGAGUUGGAUUACAGCAUCUUUCAGGAACCACUGGGAUUCUAUUGUGGCGGGAAAGAAAAAGCAUUAUCCCUUCCAAAGUUACCAAGCGUUUUUAGCCUUAGAGCUGAGAACAUAUUUCCAGGAUCUGGAAACGUGGUCUGGUAUUCUUAUCUCUGGGCUGACCUUAAGAACGGCGCUGUAGCUACUCGUCACAGGGAAGAAAAUGAAGAUGUCAUCAUUAUCUCCGACUACCGAGCCGGAUAUCAGUAUGAAAUCGACGUUACCACAGAGACAUGUGUACCAAGAGCAAUGGGAGGGGAAGGGUUCACACCGAAGUCAAAAGAAGAACUUGUAUGGGGCGAAGAAAUAGCAGACGACAUUCAGCACUCAGGAGACCACCGUUGCCGUCUUUCGAAUUGUCAUGUUUAUGCUACGACCACGGGCGAAAAAGUGCAGAAUUUGUAUUACGCUUACGACAAUGCCCUGGACUUCGGUAUAGGAGAGGCCCGUCGUCCAGCGUACAUGGAGACCAGACAAAAGGGUGUAGUGCAAAGACAGAGACACGUGGUGGCCUACGAUGAGGACGUGAGAUACUGGGACGUGUUCAACUUGUACCGUUGCUUCCAUCAAGGUGACAUUCGCACGCUUGCCAUAACUCUGGAAGGAAACACCAAUUUCGACAAGGACAUUGAAUCCCUUCACGAUCUCCGGGAAGCUUACCGCGAAGCUGUCGUCGAAGCCCUCGGCAUUUCCCAAACAUUGAGGUUCACAAUAUUCUGGUUCGUCCCUAAUGACACCAGGACUGGCAUGACUGCAACCGGAUUUGUAUUCCCAUCUCGCAACGUCAAAGGUUUCGAAGACGCUGACACAGACGCCGCCAUCGAGCACCUGAAGUCCGUUGUAGACCAAGGAAAGUUUUUGUUCCGAGUGAACGCUAGCUUCGGAAAUGAUCCCCUGACUUACAAGGCAGUGAGCGUAUCUAAUGGCUACCGGAAAGCUGCUCCAAGUGCCUCUGCAGUACAAGUAACUCAAGGCUACACGUCCGGGAACAUGGCUUGUCUUGGAUUUGGCAUGCUCUUCCUCGGGAUCGUCCUGACAGCUGCGGCAGUCUACGUCGCAGUUCGGGUUUGCCCCAAGAAUCAGAUCAGUGCGAUAUUUCUCCAGAAUCAAGGCUGAGUACAGUCUAGGGGCUUGACGGCACAUAUCUGCAGUGACCAGCGUCCCAUGGCUACAUCAAGACGUGCUGGCUGCGCUAUAUUUACAUUGGUUAAUUUAUAUUGGUUGUAUAUUUACAUGCCACAGAGCCUGGUUCAAUACAGUGCGUGUUUCUUAA